AUGUUGCUGCCAUGCACAAGGGUCAUACAACGAUGUUGGAAGGCUAGCCGUGCUGUGCCUCACGGCCGGUGCUACGCCACAACGGGCUACGGCACCGGCAGUGCGCUCGGUCGCCAUCUGAUCAUCACGGACGCGCAUGCCUGGAUCUACCGCUCCCACCACGCCAUGCCCAAGGAGCGGCUCAAGGCCCCCGACGGCACCGACACCACCACCGUGCACCUGUUCCUGGGCAUGCUGUGGCGCCUGCUGCGCCUCAACCCCCAGGCCACGCACGUGGCCGCCGUCUUCGACUUCCCCGGCAAGAACUUCCGGCACCAGAUGUACCCCGACUACAAGGCGCACCGCAAGGCGACGCCCCCGGAGAUCAAGCAGGCGGGGCCGCAGCUGCGCUCCCUACUCGCGCAGAUCGGCAUCCCGGUGCUCUGCGUGCCGGGCGUGGAGGCAGACGACGUCAUCGCCAGCCUGGCAGUCAGGGGCAUCCAGGACGGGAUGACGGUGGGCAUCGCCUCCCCAGACGGCGACUUCCGCCAGCUCCUGCAGCCCGGGCUGACCCUGCUGCGCCCCGCCCCGCGCGGCAAGGCCGCGUACGUCCCCGGCGGCCCGCCCUCCGGCCUGCUCGCGUACGCCGCCCCCGAGUUUGAGGCCGACUUCCCGGGCCUGCGCCCCGACCAGUACGCGGACCUGCUGGCGCUGAGCGGGGACGCCAGCGACAACAUCCCCGGCGUCCCCGGCGUCGGCCCGGUGGGUGCGGCCCGCCUGCUGGCCGCGCACGGCGGCGUGGAGGGCGUGCUCGCCGCCGCACGUGCGGGCGGCCUGGGCGGCGCGCGCGCGAACAAGCGCACCGCCGCCACGCUGGCCGGCGAGGAGGGCGCCGCCGCGGCGCGGCUGUCGCUGCGCCUCACCCGCCUCGUCACCGACCUGGACGUCCCCGCCACACGCGCGCCCUGGGACGCAUACCGCCCGGGCUUACCCGCCGACGGGGGCGGGGCCGCGCUGCGCACGCUGGGCGAUCUGGCGCUGGAGCGGCAUGCGCGCACCCUGCGCGCCAUCUGGACCGAGCACGCCGCCUUCCGGCGGUGA